AUGGCGAAGCCGCUGCAGGAGGUGUACUUCGUGUUCAUGAACUUGGACCCCGUCUACGAGCGCCUAAGAGCCGAUCGGUCUGUAUAUCAGGGAUCGGCAACGCUGGACGCGUACCUGAGCCAGAAGCACGAUAAGCUGCUCGCCAAGCUCCUCCCGCCGGACACCUACUGCAAGAAGUCCUCGCUCGCCAUCGUCGAUGGGUUCGCCGUCGAGAUCACUGACGCUCAGGCAACCGUGCUGAGGUCCGCAAAGGAGGUGAGGGUGGUGGAGAAGAACCAGGAGCUUGCCUGA